AUCAUUCUUUAGUAUUUAAAAAAAGAACUAAUUUAUAGACGUAUAAUCUAUUGAAUAAUUUUGUUCGUGAACGCUCGUUGACGAAAUAUAUUCUGGUAUGUCUCAUGAUUUAAUAAGUUUGGAUGACAUAAUUAAGAAGACCAAAACUUCGUCUUCCGCGAUGCGAAGCCGAGGAUCACGGAAAUCUACAUCCAAAAAUAUACCAAAAACAAAUGGUGCUCCUUCCAUACGAGGUAGAGGGCUUGAACGCAUAGAAGAUGCACGAUUGAAAAUAAUACAAAAAAAAAGAAAUCAUAUUACCGAUGCCAGAGAUAAAUUGGCACAAAUAGCAAAACAAAGCGACGCUCGACUGAAAUUACAAAAACUCAGGGCUUCGAAUUCAAAAAAGCUCGAUCCAACAAGUAUUUCACGAAAGCCUGGACGUAGUGGUCGUAUUUCUUUGACAACCAAUAAACUGCCAUCGUCUCACAUACCACAUUCAUUGCCUCCCGCGUUUAUUCCACCACCGAGCAGAAGUUUGAGUUAUAGACCACCACCUAUACCAGAGUCACAUUAUGUCAACGACAUGAUUAUGAAUUAUGAUGUUAAAUUUCCAAAAUCCAAGGACUUUGAAUAUUUACAGUAUCACACUAAAGAUUAUUUAAUGGAUCGUCAAGCUGCUUUAAGACGAACAGUAAGCAAUGAUUAUGCUCCGACAUUGCCACCGCCACCUCCAUUAUUCAAUAUCAAACCAGUAUCUUAUGAUUGGGAUAAGCCAACCCAUAGCGAAUCAUUAUCAAGAAGUCAAUCGAUUCGAUCAUCAGAUCACAGGCCAAGGGAUUACAAAGUUAUUCCGCGUUCUGGAAUGACGAAAAUUGAAUCAUUACCCGUGUAUAGAGACGAAUGGUCUUUCGGUUCGAAAUCACGUACAAUUAUACCGGAGAGCGUUAUCGAAUCAAAAUAUUAUUCCAUGAGAAAUCAUAGAGAAUUAGGGGUAAAGUCUAGGCUGGAUGCAUUACCUGCAAAGUCGACUCGCACUGUUCCAAGUUCCUCUCGUCCUAAGUCAAGCUCUCAGUCAACCGGAUAUCGAAUUAUCGUAUCGAAUUUACAAGCAAAUGUUACUCAAGAAGAUAUUAAGGAAUUGUUUGAAGAUGUUGGUGAACUACUUGUCUCGAGAUUAGUGAGGCCAGGUGUUGCCGAAGUAAUAUAUAAAACACUGAAGGAUGCAACCAAAGCUGUUGAAACCUACCAUAAUCGACAAUUAGACGGGCACCCUAUGAAGUGCCUUCUUGUUAAUUCACGGCCAAAAACUUCAUCUACAUCAUCGGGCAGAGUACUUUCCCAGCCAAGAAGUUCAAGCAGUUAUGCCCAGCCGAGCUUAGGAACCGUUCAUCGUGCAUUAUUUGACGACUAGUGAAUUUAUCAAUUUCCAGAUAAAAAAAAGAAAAAAAA